AUGCCAGUUGAACAGCACUAUGGAGCAGUCAUCUCCUGCAAGUGGAUAUGGGACUCGCGCGGGGCGCGGCCGUCUCCAUGUGCUAUGGGAUACAUGUCUACCAUACCCGCAAUUGUCAUCUCAAUUGCUGUACUAGGCUACGUACUCGGUAAAAUAUCGAUUGCAAAGCGUCCCCAAUGGACCAAGCCUUUCGUUCCAGAGCAGCCUAUGACCUCUGACUUGCCGAUUGAUGGCUCGAAACAACGGAUGGGCUGGGUGAUAACCCUGUUUGCCAUCUCAUUGGCAGGGCUAUCAUCUGAGCUUAUUAAAUUAGUCCUUCUGGGGUGGUCGUCUAAUCUUUCUCUCUUGAUAGCCUGGACGGCCGCAACUUGUUUGAUCGCAAUAGCCCGUCCGAGGUCUUGCCCUCUUUCCUUACUCAGUUUCUUUAUUAGCAUGCUGGCAGUAGAGACCGCCUCUAUAACGAUCUAUGAUACGCAUGAAUCUACCCUCGCCCCUCAUUAUGUCGCAGCCGGUACUGCUUUGGUUGGAUGUCUUGUAAUCCUCGUGAUGCCGCUUCGAGGUCCUUUAUUUCCCUGCAUGGACAUUGGUGCUGUUGGCCAACCCCCAUCCAGUAAAUACCGCAGCCCCGAGGACAAUUUACGGCUCUGGCAAUUUUUGAGCGUGUCGUGGAUGGCCCCGUUGAUCUCCAUUGGCAGGAAGAGACAGUUACAAGAGGAAGAUGUUUGGUUCUUGGGAUUCGAAUUUCAGCACCGCAAGCUACAUGAGAAGUUUCGCAGACUAAAAGGGUCUGUCAUUGUCCGACUGCUACAGGCUAAUGGAAUCGACGUCCUGAUAAUCACCACCAUUGCCAUUGUGCAGAUGGUUUGCGACUUUUCUACACCGGUACUACUCCAGCAGUUGCUACAAGCCAUGACUGACCGUGGCUCGUCAAACCGUGUUGCCUUGAUAUAUGCUUUGCUGUCUCUUGUCCUUCGCUUGAUUGCCGCGCAGUCGCAAGUGCUAAGUCUAUGGUAUGGGAGACGUAGCUACGAGAGAAGUCGAGGCGAGAUGAUCAUGAUGGUGUAUGAAAAAGCUCUUUCUAGAAAGAAUGUGUUCGAUCAGCAAUUGGUGGACAAAGCAGAGGAGGAUGGGGUGCAAGAUGAAGAUAGCACUGCUUUGGAUGCGCAGCCGGAACAGCGCAAGUGGUGGCAAUUCUUCGUCUUUCGAAGAGCCACGCGCAAAGAAAAGGCCAAAGAAACCGCUUCUAUGGGGAGGAUAUUCAAUCUUUUGCGCGGGGAUGUCUACGAAGUGGCCCAGCGUUUCUGGGAGAUUGACACAUUGGUCGAUAAGCCCCUAGGGCUGGUUAUUGCGGUUGUGCUGGUCUGGAAACUGCUUGGUCCUUCAUGCUUUUUGGGAAUUGUGGCAGUUUUGAUCGCGCAAGUCCUGAACGCAUUUGUCACUCGUGUCCUGCUGCAAAAAGAACGGAUUCGCCGGCUUGCAACAGAUGGUCGACUACAGGUCUCCUCACAGUUUGUGGAGGCGCUGCGCCAUCUUCGAUGGUAUGGAUGGCAGAACCACUGGUUGCGCCAGGUUAUGGACGCCAGACAAUCUGAACUGAACCUUCGUAUUGUCACCAUGCUAUGGGGUAUCGUUAUCCGGUUCAUCAACACCUUCGCCAGUGGCCUCUUCCCUGUAAUAGCACUAUACGCAUAUACUCUUUUGGCGGGAAACCCAUUACGCAUCGACGUUAUCUUCCCUGCUCUACAACUCUUCACUAUGCUCGAGACUCGUCUGAGGGACAUCCCGAGUCUCAUAACGGUGCUGAUCAAUGCGUCCAUCGCUAUGGAGAGAAUUGAGGACUUCAUGGCUGAGCCAGAUAAGGAGCAGAAGGAGGUCAUCGAGACCGAGCCAGCAUCGAUUCAGCUGGACCAUUGCUCUUUUGCCUGGCCUGGUAGACAGUUGCCAGUCCUUCGCGAGGUCGACCUGAGUGUACCAACAGGGCUAACUGUUGUGUAUGGCAAAGUCGGAGCUGGUAAAACGGCUCUACUCCAAGCCUUGCUUGGCGAACUGGACAGACUCGCUGGUGUUUCAUAUGUACCAAAUGAAAUGAUUGGAUACUGUGCCCAGACCCCCUGGCUGCAGAGCAUGAGUAUACGAGACAAUAUUCUGUUCUCUUCACCAUAUGAUGCGCAACGUUACAGACGGGUGCUGGAUGCGUGUGCCUUGUUACCUGAUCUGUCUAACUUCAAGCAUGGAGAUUUGACCUUUGUGGGUGAAAACGGUGUCGGUCUCUCUGGUGGACAGAAGGCACGGGUGGCUCUUGCACGGGCGAUGUACAGCACUGCCAGGAUACUGUUCCUUGAUGACCCCCUGUCAGCUCUGGACCACAACACAGCCGAAACUGUCGCUCGCAAAUGCUUCUCAGGUCCCUUGAUGCAGAAUCGUACAAUUGUGCUGGUCACUCAUAGAAUUCACCUGGUUCGACAGAUGGCAGAUCAGAUUGUCCUCAUACAGAAGGGCCGCGCAGUUGUCGAAGAUAAGCAUGAGCUCUCUUCGCAUGAGAGUGGUCAAUCGGAAUCCAGCUCGUCCGAUAGUUCAUCUAGUACUGAAUCUGAGAGCGAAACGGCACCCACUGAUGAGACUGCUGCAGUGCCGACAAAGUUCAUAGAAGAAGAGCAUCGAGCAGAAUGGGGUGUCAAAGCUAGAGUGUAUUGGAAGUACAUCAGAGCCAGCAAGUACAGAUGGUGGAUAACCCUGAUUCUCGUACUUGCUGUGUACCGGUUCACAUCCGUGGGACAAUCCUGGUUUUUGAAGGAGUGGGGAGAAGCCUACAAUGAAACACUUCUAUUGUUCGGAUACUCCGGUACGAACAAGAAGUCGUUCUCGGGGGACUGGAUAACACCGUCGGCCAUGGUGAAAAUGCUCGACUGGAAACCUUCCAACCCUAUUGACGAAUUCCCGGCACCAGUUGAAGAUGUCCGUCCGUGGCUGCUGGCCUUCUUCAUCAUCACCACUUUCCAAUCAGUCGUCCUCCUGGUUGCGCAACUUGUGAUGCUUGUGAUGGUCUAUAGUGCAGGAAAGACGCUUUUCCAGGAAGUCAUGGUGCGAGUGAGCCAUGCUACCUUUCGGUUCUUCGAUGUGACUCCCAUUGGCCGAUUGAUGAAUCGCUUGACCUCGGACAUCGGCGUUGUUGAUGGAAAUAUCAGCGAACAGUUCCAAAUGAUUGCCUUCCAGGCUAUUACUUGGAUUUCAUCUAUCGUUGUGAUCGCCUCAGUGACACCGAUCUUUCUCGGAUUCUCACUUGUACUAACGGCAGCAUUUGUCAUGGUUUUUCUGCGUUUUCUACCAACGUCGCAGAGCCUUCGGCGGUUAGAGAUGGUGUCACUAAGCCCAUUGAUAUCUAAUUUCGGUGAACUGCUUCACGGUCUGACCACCGUUCGCGCAUUCCAUGCCGAAGGGCGCUUUCAGGAUCGAGUCAUCGCAGUAGUGGAUAAAUUCCAAGGAAUGGACCACUUCUACUGGUCUCUCCAGAGCUGGCUCAUGUAUCGAUUCGAGAGCCUCUCCGCUUUCUCGACAUUCUGCCUUACUGUCCUGGCCUUGUACACGAGCGUCUCGCCGGGUCUAGCAGCGUUCGUGCUCGUAGCAGCCAAUAACUUCGUCGCGUCUACCCAUGCCCUGUGCAAGCAAUAUGGCCAACUGCAAAUGGAUUUUGUCUCUGUUGAGAGGGUAGACGAGCUGCUUCACGUCGAGCAAGAAUCACCUGGAACGAUAGACCCCCCUGCAUCAUGGCCCAAGUUCGGCCGUGACAUCGUUUUCGAGGACGUGACUAUUCGCUAUGCGCCUCACCUGGACCCGUCACUCAGAAAUGUUUCUCUGCGCAUCCCAGGGGGCUCCACGACAGCUAUAAUCGGCCGAACCGGUAGCGGCAAGUCCACACUGGCCGUGUCCCUACUAAGUGUCAUCCGUCCCGACUCGGGACGCAUCCUUAUCGACGACCUGGACAUCACACAAGUCAGUAAACAAGCUCUACGCACCCGAGUCACGUUUGUUGCGCAGGACCCAGUUCUCUUCCCCGGAAGCAUCCGCUUGAACCUCGACCCAGUAGAGGAGUACUCUGACGCAGAGUGUGCAGACGUCCUGAAACGAAUCUGCAGUCGACACGGCUGGAGUCUUGAGACGCAUGUUGAAGCUGGCGGACGGAACCUCAGCCAGGGAGAACGCCAGCUAAUCGGUCUCGCGAGAGCUGUGUUGCGCCGAAGCUCUAUUGUCAUCCUGGACGAAGCGACUGCCUCAAUUGAUCAUGAGAGUUCGCUCGAGAUCCAGCAAGUGCUACGCGAGGAAAUGAGGGAGUCGACCGUAAUCACCAUCGCGCAUCGGCUGGAGGCCAUCAAAGACGCAGACUACUAUAUCAUGUUGGACCAGGGAGGAGUGUCCAAGCAGGGAUUCGUGAAGGACGUGUAA